AUGAAGAUCUCCAUCGCGCUCGUCGCUGCCUUCGUGACCGUCGCUUGCCUGUUCCAAUCCACCUCCGCCGAAACCGAGGCCACGACGUUCCUCCGCGUGAACGCCAACACCCAAGGCGCCAUCUGCUACAAGGCCCAGCAGGACACCUCUUUCAACACGGAUGCGACAUCGGCUUCAAGUGCACCAACGGCAAGAGACCUGUGCUUCAACCCGGCCACCAGUCUCUUCCAGCACGGAUGUGAUGCCGGAUUCAAGUGCAGCCACGGCAAAUGCGUCUACAAGACCACCACCACCAUCACUACCACCGUUGCCGCCGCCACCUCCAGUGAAGCUUUACCCGCCCACGCUCCCAUUUGCUACAAAGCAUGCCCGACAGGACAGUAUUGCCCACGCGGCGAGACCGAGUGUCGUGCUCCGACCGGCGACCUGUGUUUCAACCCCGCUACGAGCCUUUUCCAGCACGGAUGCAGCCGCGGCUUCAAGUGCAGCCACGGCAAGUGCGUCUACCAGUAA